GCACGAUUCUAGAGAAGAACCGCACCAGGGCCAUAGCCAAGGAGGUGAGGGCCAUAGCCAACGAGACCAGGAGACUCAGCAUAGCGAAAAAGGCGAUCAUGGUACUAGAGUAGCUGGAAGUCACGUCGUAUAUGGAACAGCAGCAGAUAUUGUGGUUGAAAACACUGUUGGAGGACGAGACAGUGCUGUAGAGGACAUCAGGGAAAAUGAGACUCUGUUUCUAAGGCACAAUUCUCCUAGCUUUUCUGUUUUCCCUAGUUAGCUCUGCUCCACCGCAAACUAACUAGGUAUUCGUAUUCUCCAAGACAAGGACAACUAUUCGUCCUAUCUAGAGUGGCUUCUUCCUUUACAUAAGGUUGAGGUUUAGGCCCAGCGGCGCUCAAAGCACUAAAUAACGCAGCCGGUUAGUUUUUACCUCUAGCGUUUAGCCCUUCCAACAAAAUAAAUAUUACUAUUUAAUCGUAAAUUUCGCGGACGAAAUAGUUGUAAUGUCUCGAAACGAGGACGGAGUAGUUGUAAUACUGAUUCCGAAACUACUAGCACUUGUAAAACGAAUCUCCAAAAGAAUUAGGAAUUUUGUUUUACGUUACAGAUGGAGUUGUAGAAGUCAAUUGCAAAAAAAAUAAGAAUUUUGUUUUACAUUACCGAUGGAGUUCGUUGUAGAUAGAGGAAGCUAAGUUCUGAAAGUGCAUAAUGACCUUGAGGUCCCGCGCUAAACGAGUUGACAUAUUCAAAAAACGCCACGCGAAAUGCAAACAGAAAGUUCUUAGAUGCUUGAAAAAAUGAGACAGCCCCCCUAAGUAUUCUGCACUCGUCCCCCUAUCCCCACUGAACGGUAGCCCCUUUACCUCAUGAAUUGGUAAGUCAGUCAAUCAAUCAAAUUAUUCGAAAACUCAAAAUAACCGAGUUACUGACUGAAAUAAGGGAGGUAGCUUAGCGUCAAGGCUACCUUUCCUUCUCAUCAGUAUCUCGGUUAUUCUGAUCAGUUACUCGCCUAUUUCAGUUUUUCGAGUACGUUACAGAUGGAGUUGCAGGAAUCUAAAUUCUGAAAGUGCAUAUGUCCUGCUCUAACCUAAGUGCAGCAGGGCGAUGAAGAUGGCGUUAGAGGUGACGUUAGGCAACAUCACAACAGUGGCGAAGAAGCCGUUACUCACCAUCCCAACACAGUUGCGGGUGAUGGGACCAGUCAACAUAGCACCAGUGAGCAGCAGCACAGUGGUCAAGUGGGUCAAGUCAGGAGCAGUAAAGAAACCAGCCGUAGCACCAGUAAAGCACAUAGCACCUCCAGUGAAGCAACCAGGGAACAUGGUCACCAUAGACGGCUCAAAAAACGGCGGGAGGCGAAUGCUUUUGCUGUUGCGGACCAAGAAGAGGCUGAUUUGCGGGACCACAACGCGCCUUUUUUACUAGAAAAGUCGCAAUCUAGAAGAGGAGGCUCCCGGAGUACUAGGUCAUCCUCGACGGAGGAGGAUCCCGUACUAGUUUCGGAGAGCGGUUCCGCUGCACUCACCAUUUAAGGUUUGAUAUACGUACCUACGACACGCUUGCUCUUCGCAAACAGUCGAGGCAGCAUCUAUGCGCGCCUAUGCAACUACACUCAUUUCAAGGACAAGGGUUGUGAGUAGUUUAUCCUAGUUGCAAAACAACUGUAGAUACUUUUUCUCGUGGCUACUGUUCCAUGUCGAACCUUCUGCCCGCAUACUGUCCAUGCUUCCUGCAUCUCCCUGUGGAAUCUUCUUCAUGGCACGUUUGGCGUCAACUCGACCUCGUUUUUGCAAGAGGGACAAGAUAGAUUAUGCCUUCAAUCUUUCUGGAGUUUGUAUUCUUGGUAUCCUGGUGGUAAAGGCAAUGGUUCACUUGGUACCUCGAGUUUUUCUAGGCACACGGUGUAAUGGUAUCCUUCUGGAGUAACCCAGAAGUUUUCCAAUUUAUCUAUAUCAGUUACUCUAUCGUUCGUUGAUGUUCUCGUCCUGGUUGAUCUAAUGUCAGAUUUGAGGCACUCUUGACUGUUUCUCUGAUUUAAAAAUCCUAAUUAAUAGUAAUUUCUGUGUCUUUUUUUAUUUCCUCUUCUACAUCGAAGAUCAGGGACCACGACUGGACAACUUUCUCUCUCUCUAUGAUAGUGAUCGUAAUAUGUCUUCUUCUUUCGACGGGACAAACGCUGCAUUUCUUCCGCAAGACGCGUCGUGACCUCCUCCCGCUCUAAUUAAGGCAAGUGAUGAUCAUCUGCUGCAGGUAGUCGAUGACCACAUAUAUCUAUUAAUACUUCUAUGGUUAGCAAGAUUGUGCACAACUCAACACUAUAUAAGUCGUGCCUGCAUGAGUCGUGUUGAGUACUUCUAUUAGAUAAGUCGUGCCUGCAUGAGUCGUGUUGAGUACUUCUAUAGCUGGUGUGUAUCUGCUAGUAGACAAGUUUUCUUUGAUUGAUUUUCGUUUUCUUUUUCUCCACUGGAAUUAUAAGUGUUGAGUACAUGCUUAUUUAAAUAGACGAUGCUAGAUAAGAGUAAGCCCCUUCUUCUAUACCCCAUGAAUGGGUAUACUACUCCUCCUACUACCACAAUAAGUAACUAACUGACUAGAUAAUGAUAGAUACUAGUAAUGCGCUCACGUCGAUACAACUAGUGCCCACUUUUACAAGGGGGAACGAACGUAUAUAGUAUCACCAUACAUACUAGUAAAGCAGCCCACGCUUCUAGUCUGAGUAUAGAGCGGCUCUCUCAUCUGAGUUUACAGCUCUAAUCUGAAUAUAGAAGGCAGUGACGGGAAGGCCCUCGAGGACAGGCGAACCAAGGUCCACUUAAGGCUAGUAGGGUCAACCCAUCUCUCACGACCGCAUCUUUUAACCAGGUGAGAAUCUAAGUAUACGGAGAAUAGGUGUCUACUCCACACCGGUACAUUGAUACAAGUGCACUUGAUCAAGGGAAAAACGGGGCCAAGGAUGCGCUCAGGGAUGCAGGUCAAACUGUGGACGGCGAGUCAAAUCCUAUCCUAUCCUAGUAUCUAGAUGUGUCUACCAGAUCUGAAUCUGAAUAUGGAGAAUUGCAGGUGGGCCUACUUUAUCUACCAGAUGAAUAUCCUCGUUAUCUAUAUGUGUGCCGAAUAUCUCUAUCUAUAUGUGUGCUUCCUUUAUACGAAGCUUCUCUCCUGGUUUUGAUUUUUCUAGUACAGGAGAGUAGAUAAGAGGUGGGUUGUCCUUUUCGGAUGUCUAAUACUUGACUUCGCUUUUGCGUUUUGCAGUGGCGCGCUGGACUUGUUAAGGCUCCUAUCUACUUAGUACUGGUGAAACCAAUUAUUGACAACUCGAACUUAUAGCGUACCCCAAGAUUCAUUGGGUACACUACUACUACUGCUGCUGCUACUACCUCAAGACCAGGUAGAUGAAUGAAUGAAAGAAGAGUCACUACUCUCUCGGACAGAGAGUCAGAAAAGCUUCUACGGAGGAUGAAAAUCUCUCUCAGAUGGAGAGUCAGAACAUGGCUGAGGCGGGAACUCCUCUAUAUCUAAAUCUAACAAGUCUAGAGGAUGAAAACCUUCCGUGAGUGCUUCUAUGAUCAUCAUCAAGAUCGAAGACUUCCCGCUAUAGGGUGAAAGAACGGUAGUCGUCGCAAUAAAUGCGAGAGCUUGCUAUCGCUAUUACUGCAGCGUGCGAAUUCAUUCAUUCACUCACUCAUUCAUUGCUAUUACUAUUACUAUUACUAUUACUACUACUAUUACUAGCAACGUAAGAAGGAAGAAGGAGUGGUAAAAAGUAGAACUGGCAACCACGGAAUAAGGCCGUGAAAGGACCAGCGAGAUGAUCAGGAAAAACCAAAAAGCUCGCGCAUUCUCCCGUGAGCGCUUGUUCUUACUUGCUCGUAGAUGUUGAGCCGACGGACUCCUACUACAGUUCAAAAACCGCAGUUACAUCUAACUUUUUUUGACAUUCUGCUCGGCGGAGCUCGUACCUCGCGGGUCUGGGACACGAACGGUAAGCCAGAAACUGUCAGGCCUGAGGAUACACCUCGCCGGCCCAUAGAGGAGAAGCUAUGACUUCAUCACUUGGGUAGUGUAACUUGGUCUAUGAUGUAUGACGUCACUUGGGUACUGUAACUACUAGAACGACUCGUUGCUUUCAAGGGGUCAUCCUGUGACCUUCGAGUGGAGCUGCGACUCGUGGCAUCUUUCUGAGAUAUACCUUUCACCAAAUGUGAGGGGAGCAUCUAUGGAGGAGGAGCUCUACUCGUCAUGAGACAGUAAGCAGGCCUUCUUGUCGGUGUUCCUACAGUGAAGAUAGGUGGCUAACUACUACUGCUACUACUAUCUCAGUAAGUAAAAGUCGUGGGCGACGCAUCUGUGAAGGCGUACUAGCGCUAUGAGGCCAGGGAUGCCACGACCUAACCUAACUUACCGACACUGCUCUAACAGAUGCCGCACUUGACCAAGAAGAAAAAUGGCCAGCGAAGUUCCGCAACCUUUUAUGGCCCACUACAUCUAGAUGCGUCCAUCAUUUUCGUAGGAUCCAUGUCCUAAAAAAAAAGGAAAAGGGAGAGUGCAGCUAGUGCCCUUUUCUUCAUCCGAUACAACAAGAAUCAUACAAGGGAAAACGUAAAUAUAUCCACCGGACGAUAGAGUUCCUGUCCUAUCGUGGGAGGUGGAUCAGUUCCUAUCCUAGAUGAGGAGAUGACCGCGAUGAACACAAGCGGACUCUAAUGCCGGGCGUCACUCGUUGCAUUGGGGUCUUCUACUAUCUUAUGAAGGGUAUUCUACUAUCUCGUUGCAUUGGGGUCUUCUCCUUCUUAAAACAUUUUUCGGACCACGUUACCCCAUUAAUGGGCUUACUACUAUACUACUACUUCUUACUAAUGCGACUACUACUAAUACUACUACUACUUCUAACCUAAGAUGAAAGGGCGUAUCUAAGAUUCUAAGGUGAGCAAGAUCUCAUUUACCAGGAGGUAAGUACUUACUCUUUGAUUUCUGCCUUGUCACCACGCUCACGCUUGAUCACCCGAGAAAGGUGACUGCAUCAGUAACUGUUUAGUACAUGCGCUUGAACUGAACAACCCCUCCACCUGUUUGCAAAUGCAUGUGAAUGAGCCUCAGGGCAGGAAAAUUCAUUCACUCACUCGACGAAUGCAGCUGCUAGAUCGGUAAAACGACCUGAAACUACCUAUAGUACCCCACUAGUGGGUACCGACGGUUCUGCCGACGGUUCUUCACAGUUACAAAUUUUAGUUAGUUACUAGUCGCUCGUAAACAAUCAGGCAACCGAUUAGGAUUACCAGAACUACAGCAGUGACGCACAACAGAACUUUAUAUCAGAACUGCACAAGAUAGCUUUAUAGAUACCACUAGAAAAGCGAAGCAUCUGUACUACUUAAGUAUAUAUUUAUGCUCAGGCCUGUACUAGACAUCAAAGAAGUGUUAGUGUAAUUUCCAUGAAAGAAGUGUUAGUAUAAUUUACAAUCGCAGGAAAUGCACGGUAAUUAGACUUUGGCAUGUUGUUAGAAGAUUCCGUAACUCGGUGUCAGCACGGAAUGAAUCUUCUAACAUGCCCAGUGGUACCGGGGACAUCUCGCAAGUUGUUGAAUUAAGGGCUGGCACCUUAGCUCCACCACGGAGUGACACAUUGUACAUCUGAGAAGUAGAACUGCAAGAAAUAGAAAACGGGUGUACUGUACUUUUACUUAUAAGUAGGCCCACAGCACCUAACCUCAGGAUGUUGUACAUCUGAGAAGUAGAAGUGCAAGAAAUGGAAUACGGGAGAUGUUGUGCAUGACUGUACAUCCCAAACCCUGAGGAGGGACCUUUUUUCAAGUAGAAAACGGGAGAUGGACUAUAACCUAUUGUAUGAGUAGAAGAAGGUUGUAGAACUUGUUCUGGCUUAUUUUCCAAGGAUAGAGUUCUGGGAUGCUUAGUUUUCUUAUCUUUUCUUCUCAACUUAAGAUGAGGGUCGUGAGUGUUGUAGUAUCGUCUUUUCUUCUCAACAAGAAGAGCGUGAGUGUUUGUGUAGUAAUGCUGCGGAAUUAGAAGUGAUUCCGAUUUCUAAUGCGGACCGAUUUCACAGAAGGGCUCUUCCUGCCGAAUCCUGAAACGGUGCCGCCAGAUUGGAAACGGGAUGCUCCCGACGUUAAGGCUACCGUUGAAGCAUCCUCAGCGCCGUCCUUGGAUAGUAGUAGUAGUAGUAAAGCCAAUCGAGGGGUAUGUCUUACAUUUGAUUUGGGAAGGGGUUAUUUGUUCAUCUGGGAGGAAUGAGGAUGGAGCAUGACAUGCUGCACCGCUGAAACUCAUCUUGAAACUUCCCCUACACUCUCCCCUCUUCUUGCUCUUGCACUUUGGACGUACCCCUGGAUAGGGUUUACUACUACUACUACUACUACUACGCCGUAGUCCUUGGUUCUUCUUUUUCAAGGGAAAAACGGAGCCAAGGAUGCGCUCAGGGAUGCGAACGCGGUAGCUCUAAUGGCGGGAGCUUUGAAAAGGUAUGAGUCCACGAACUUCGUUAUUGGGAACUACGAAAGUUGACCACUACUACUGCUACUACUACUACUACUACCACCACCUACUUUUUAAGGGAAGUGUUCCGCCAAAUUGUAGAAAAUAUACCUGAAUGAAAAUAUGGGAAACAAAGACUUUCUUUGCCGCUGUAAGAAAGUAACAAUUUACAGUAAGGAACGAACAGACCUAUGGCGGAGAAGUAGGAAUAGACCUAGGGAACGAAUGGACCUAAAUACGCCUAAGGAUGGUUUACUACUUCUAUUGCAGGCUUACCCUGUCGUGAAAGUGGUAAGUCAACUCCUAUCCUAUUCACUCUUAGAAACGUUAUCCUGUAUCCUAAAAAUCCAAAAAAACGCCACUGAUUUUGGACUGUUCUCCCAGAUCGGGUUUAAGUACUACUACCACUACUAUUCGCAUACGAUCUACUUCGACGUUCCCAAUAAGAAGUGGACGCAUUCAGAAAAUGAGUUUGAUAUGGAUGAUCUUUUUUCUCCCAUCUUUAACAGACCAUGGUCGAGGCUGCCCCUUUUCAUCCUCUUCAAAAGUGUUGCAUAGGUCAAAUUUCCCCUUGAAAGUGUAUUUAGUUUAAACGGGAGACCUGCUCGGUGGUCUGCAUCUAGAGGGGAGAAAAAGCGGCAUCCUUCCUCUCCAUAUUGCAGAAAGCUGUCGACAAGACGGCAGACAGCUUGAUGACCCCGUGGCCGACUCCGCCGUGGGUUAAAGAUACUACUUUUAAGAGUGAAAUCCAGACUGCUCGUCACUGUACUGCUCGUCACUGUGUACCAGCGUGAUUCUCCCUGACUCUACUUCGGUCCCAAUGCCAAAGCGACAUGAAGAGCACUGAACGCGCAAGAAAGACCUCCAAGAUUGAAACGCAGUCCCCCACAUCCUCCCCUUUGCAACAUCAACGUCACCCGACACACUACGAUUACUGCUAGGUAAAUGAGUGAAAGUGAAUGAGUGAGCCCCUGACUCGACUUCUUUCAAUGAGACAGCUGGCUACUAUGUAUUGAGAUGGUAAAAAAGUAGCCAUAAUUCAAGAAUUCAGGAGUCAGGAGCGUUCUGGUCCUCUAAGACACAUGGUGGUUCUGAAGAAUGAUUCAAUAGUGUUGUUUGGGCGCUUUCAUAUGCAUGCAUACCUCUAAGGCUUUGUCGCUCUGCAAGGCCGCCGCAUCCUUGGACUACUACAUGUUAAGAAAGAACUUGAUUUAAGUAUCUAAGGGAUGUUAAGAAAGAACGUGUUGACCUGUACAGGAUGAGCGCUAAAAUAAAGAACAGCAUGCAUCUAAGAGCACAUCUGGGGCUGGCCUAUAUUUGUGUGCCUAUCUGCAACUUGAGCUAUCUGAGGGCAUAUCAAUAUUCACUGAAGCCUUAUAAUGACUUUAGCCGAAUAGCAUCUAAGAGCAUAACUGAUAGAUUUAUACCUUAAAUAUAGGUAAGAAAGAGCCGCGUCAUACCAUGACUAUCUUUCUAUUUUUUGUCUAGUCUCGGUGUUGUUUGUAUAGUUUUUCUAUCCUUAUUUGUAUAUCAUGUAAUCACAGCAACGACUUGUUGGUGUUGUAGUAUUUGUAGAUCUCUCUAUCAACCCGUGUAGUCAUGGAGUGAGAAGUGUCCAAACCUUUGCCCGUAUUACCCAGCUCAUAUCAAGUUCGAGACAGUAGAUAUUCGAAGUCGUAAAGUAACCGAGUUAGUGACUGAAGUAAAAGAGUCACUACGCUGCUCUUCUUUCGGUAUCUCUAUUAUUCUAAGUAGAUACUCGGUUAUUUCAGUUGAUCGAUUACAUAGCUCACAUCAAGUUCAAGUAGGAAAAAAAAGGACUAGAGGAAGUAGUGCAGCAAUUAAUUAAACAUUACACCUCUCGAAUGGGUACACUACUACUACUACUACUACUACUACUACUACUACUACUACUACUACUACUACUACUACUACUACUACUACUACUACUACUACUACUACUACUACUACUACUACUACUACUACUACUACUACUACUACUACUACUACUACUAAUACUACUACUACUACUACUACUACAUGAUAGAACGACUCCUGCGAACUAGAUCGGUUGACUUCUUCUUUGACCCCCUGCUAAACAUGAAUGGUCCACCUGGUGGGCUGGCGAAAAGAGAGGAGCCAGCAACUCAGGGCGCGGCGCAGCUCUUCUAUGGAUGAUGUUUUUUCUCCCCCAUCAGAUGGUAGGUGCGCUGCGUGCGCGGAACGUGUGAUGCGAUAGGGUCGUGCGCGAGCAUAAUAAUAAUAAUAAUGAUAUUAAUUUCAAGGGAGAUCAUCGAUGCGGACCCUUUUGGGUCCCUUCUUGGAUGUGGACUUAUCUAGUUUAAAAGGAGGGGGGGCCUCGGUGGUCUGCCUCCAGAGGGGAGAAGACACCGCAUUCAUAUUUUGUUCCUCCCGCCAAGCCUCGCAGUUUGCUGCGCGGAAGAUGUCCGGACUUACGGCCAACAACUACAUUUAGAGGCUGUGUAGAUCUUUCUCAGACCCAUUUCUUCGCCAGCGGUCCCGUACAACAAGAGGGCACAGAGAUGAGGGGGCUUCAAAGCGGAGGACAAGACUUUUAUAAACCAGCAGAAUCACAUUUUUACAAGGGUCUUACUUCAGAGAGGUACAGAGUUUAGAGAGCUUCCACCGAUCUGGAUGGACACAAGCUGGAUGGACACAAGCUGGCUCUAACUGAAGAAUGGCAAAUGUGGCCCGGAUUUUCCCAGCGAUCAAUACUGCGACAGUAAGCCCUGGACUGAAGAAGACGGGGUCUAUAAAUUAAGAAUGGACCGCCUCCACAUUGCCUCUCUUGACAACGACCACUCUCGACGAGGACGCUUCCCAAUAUUGACUAGGAAGUUUCCCAAUAUUGAUUAGGAAGUUUCCCAAUAGGAAACUACUCCAAGGGCUCCAUAGUCCAGGAUUAUGGACGUUGCAUCCUGGACUAGGAAGUUUCCCAAGUGAUUACCUAUACCUCAUGACUAGGUACAUCAAUCAAUCAAUCAAUCGAAAAGUCGAGAAUGUUCUGGAACCCCUUUGGUCAAAGAGGAUAAGGGGACCUCUAAUCAAAGUAAUGCCGUCGCAGCCGGAUGGCAAGACUCUUACCCAAAUUGUGUUAAGCGCGAAUGGUAGCUGUGAGUAUGUACCCUGCGAUGUGAUACUGUGACAACAACUCAUGUGAAGAUACUGUGACAACUCGUGUGACUUUUUAGCUUAGAAUUCCAGACCUGCCUCUAUGGCUUCCUCUAUGGGUCGGGAGCUCUUCCUCGCUUGUAGAGCCUCUUAAGUAGCAUCCUUUUCGUGUUCCUUUUUUCUUAGGUAGGGCCCUACAGCAAGUAUCACAAGGACAUAGAGGCUCGGAGACUGUGCGACCCUGUGGGUCCAGCCACUAGUGCUUUAGAGGCUGUGAGACUGUGCGACCCUGUGGGUCCAGCCACUAGUGCUUUAUUACCACAGGCUUCCUUUCUGAAGUUUAGACAGAUGAGUAUCAUGUGACAGUGACUUUUUGUUCCUGAGGUACUAAAGCUUUUAGUUAGUUUGUGAUAGAAGAACUGAUCUCAGGUGCAAGAAGGAUCUCAGACCGUCAGGAGAUGCUAGCACACGACCGAGACCCGUCUAAUCGGCAGCGCGCUGGCCAGAAAUGCCAUAAUUAAGCACGGGCGUGGAAGAUACUGAUCAUAAUCGUCGUGGUCGUCUUCGGUCGACUUAGAUAAAUUCUACUAGAGGUACCUCUGGGCUGCUUCAGGAAUUCUUUCGUCUUGGCGAUAGUGAAGAGCGACAGCGACUACCUUAGACGCACUGACGAUGGUAGCCCCACAGUAGUUGUGAGACAUAACUCUCGCAAGUCAAGUUGUAAGACAAAACUCACCCCCCAAGUGGCGGGUCUAUUACUACUAUUUCUCCUACUUCCACUACUACUAGGCACGUGCAUUCCUCACCUACAUCCGUGCCCGCCCUCUCUCUUCAUCCAUCUUCCCCUUUCAGCCUCUCUUCACUGCGUCAACAUACUAGCAAAUUAGUUCACAUCAAUGUUAAAGCCGCUUCGUAUGCUUCUUGAGAAGUGGCGUCAUAGUUUCUAAUUUGAAGAAACGCGUUACAUGCAGGGCUGAUGCGGGAGCCCUUCUACUUAUCUAGAUUACUUACUCUCUUAUUUCAGUCUAUCGAGUAAAUCUAAAUCUAUAGUUUCUCUUUAUAUUCUUCUCUAAUACUAAUUAUAAAUAUAAUUUUGUUUCUUCUAAUUUAAAGAACGUGGACGACGAGGCAGGAGCACCAGGAGAGGGAGGAGCACAGGACGAGCGUUCACACUUGCUUCUGAGCAGACCACAUAUGAGCCACCAUCUUAUGGUAUUCCGUUUCAGGAAAGCAUUUAUUUGUGGCAGAAGACAGAACUUUUACUCCGAG